GCCCGGUUGGGGUGGUUCGGCAUCGUUCGUUUUUCUCGUGCUCGUUUCUCGUUCGUUUCUCGCGCUCGUGUGCACCACCGUCCUGGUCGACACGACACGACACGCUCGAGUCCAGCUGCCCACACCACCAUGCGCAACGCCCUCGCGCUCCCCGCGCUCCUCGCGCUCGCCUCCUGCGCCGCGGCCGCGAGCCAGAUCGCACUCUUCACCGACACCAACUGCCAGGACUCGUUCAAGGGCCUCGAGGGCCCCAACGGCUACCCGAAUGGCAGCUGCACCGACUUCCGCCGCAGUGGGACGUACGGCAGCCUGCAGGUGGUCGGGCUGGACGCGGGGUGCGGCGUGACGAUCUACAUGGCCGACCCCGAUACAACGAUUUGCGGCGGCUUUCAGGAGGAGAUUCAGCUGGGGGACUGCUGGAAUAGUACGUUUGCGUACUAUAGUAUUGAUAUGUGCGAUCCGCCGUCGUCCACGUCCUCGUCAACUGCCACCGCUACCGCCACCUCCACAUCGACAUCCACCCCCUCCGCCUCCGGCUCCGGCACCCCCCGCGCCCUCAUCGGUGGCCUAGCAGGCGGCCUCGGCGCCGCCCUCGUCCUCCUGCUCCUCGCCCUCUGGCUCCUGGCACGGCGCAAACGCGCCCGCAAAGCGGCGGCCCAGGCGGCCGACGCACAGCGCGGCGACUACGCCGAGGUCGCGCUGACGCCGGCGCGCAGCGAGAUGGGCGCGCCGCCGCGGUACGAGAUGGGGGGUGCGGGCGCGAAGGGGGUGUGGGCGCAUCGGGCGGCGGAGGUGGAGCAGCCGGUUGCGGAGUUGGGGGGGACGGGGGUCGAGAGGCAUGAGUUGGGGCGGGGGGAGGGGCGGGCGUGA